CAUAACCUCAAAUAUCGAUUAAAAAGCAAUAAUCAUUAAAAACUUUUUUAAUUUACUAAUUCUUAACGAUUAAUUAAUAUUCAAGGGAAGGGAAAUGUUUAAAAUCCUCUCAAGGAUCCCUUCAAGGGUAAUCCUUAGAAGUAAAAUGGUAAUCAGUGUGGAAUUCCCUCAGAAAUCCCAUUAUUCCGGUCAGCGGGCAGUUGCAUUGCGUAGCCGGAAGCCAAAAUCAACUGCAAGGGAGGCUCAAUUCUUUGUGGAUUCAAAGAAAGUCCGUGCAAUUGGUGGCAAAGGUGGGGAUGGAUGCAUUUCUCUGCUUCAGAUCUGGGCAAAUGAUCGUGCUGGUCCUGAUGGGGGAGACGGUGGCAAUGGGGGGCACGUGAUCUUCCAGGCAUCCCAUGAGAUACGUGAUUUGCAAGCUGUGGGCAGUGUCGUGCGUGCUGCCGACGGGGAGAAUGGUCAAAAUAAGGAUUGUCACGGGAAGUGUGCUGAUCAUACAAUUAUCCAGGUUCCCCUUGGAACAAUCUUCCGCGACGAAUCGGGGCGUAUUGUUGGGGAUUUAGGGCGGGAGGGGCUCAUGUUUAUAGCUGCCCGCGGUGGAGCUGGUGGCAAGGGGAAUCACUUCUUUGUCUCAGACACAAUUCAAGCGCCCCGCGUGUGUCAGUACGGGGCUGAAGGGGAGAACAUUCCCUACCUGGUUGAAGUGCAGAGUAUCGCCCAUAUUGGGCUUCUUGGUAUGCCAAAUGCCGGGAAGAGUACCCUUCUGCGGGCAAUCACCCGGGCAAAGCCCAAAGUAGCCCCGUACCCCUUCACAACGCUCAAACCUCAUCUGGGGAUGGUGCACUACGAUGACUACGUACAGAUUGCCAUUGCUGACCUCCCGGGGCUCAUUCCGGGAUCUCACAAGAAUCGAGGGUUGGGCAUUCAAUUCCUCAAGCACGUGGAGCGCUGCAAUACUCUCCUUUUCAUCCUGGACGUCUCCGCUGUGGAACCAUGGAAGCACUUUGAGCAGCUCCAGUAUGAAUUGAGUCAAUUCAACAAAGCCCUCAUGAAGCGCACGCAGAUCAUUGUGGCCAAUAAAAUUGACCUUCCUGAGAGUGUGGAGAAUCUCCGGGAACUCCGACGGAGAGUUAAUGUCCCAAUCCUCGAGAUUAGCGCCAAGAAUGGGACAAAUCUCAACACGUUACUCUCGAAGAUCCGUCAAAUCUACGAUGAUGCCACAGCAGCCAAAGAAGCUGGUCAGGAGGAAGUUAAAGCUAAAUAAAUAAAUUUUUUUUUUUAAUUAGAAA